CAAGGCUACUACAACAAGAUCAAGGCUCUCUAUAAUAAUAUUCACUAGCUUUGCGUAGUCAUCAAUAAUCAAGUAUUAUAUUUAAAGUAAAUUCAAUCAAAAUGCUUCAAAGACACUUACAUUUUAGAUCUUUUUCGGGAACAUCUUCAGUUACAAGUCUUGCACCAUCUCUGGAUCUUUCUUUUAUUUUAAAGAAGUUUAAGAACUACAGCACAGAUGAAUACUCAACCAUGGAUCAUGAUGGGAUGUCAGUUCCUCCAUUGGCUUGUGCUUUUGCAAAGAUGCCACAACAUCAGCAUAUAGUUGGUGUUGUUGAUGAAGAUGGCUAUCUGGGUUUAUAUGACACUCGCAAAACUGGUCAAGCUUCCAUUAUCAACAACUGGCAAGUGCACGCCAAUGCUGUGUUUGACAUAGAGUGGCUGCAGGAAGAGAACAAGAUCCUCACUGGGGCUGGGGACCAGAAGAUUUGCCUCCACGACCUGGCUACCCUGGAGAAGCUGGAGGUCUUCAGUGGCCACACCAGCAGUGUCAAGUCUAUAUCGGUACACCCUGGAAAUGAUGCUGUUUUUGUAUCUGGUUCUCGUGAUGGCCAUAUAAUGAUGUGGGACAAAAGGAUAUCACAUAAGGAUGGUGGAAUCCCACCUAUUAAUACCAUAUUAAAUGCCCACACGCUGAAACACAACACAAACCCCACAAAGGCAAGAAAGAAAGCCAUGUCUCAAGUUAGGGAUGCACAUCAGAGUGUAACGGCAGUGUUAUUCCAGAAUGAAAAUUAUGUAAUCUCAUCUGGUGCUGUUGAUGGGUGCCUGAAAAUCUGGGAUAUCAGAAAAAAUUACAGGAAUAAAAUACCAGGAGCUGUUCCAGUUCAUGUUUUUAAUUACCCAGGAACAAAUUCAAGAAAGCACGGUUAUUCAAGCCUUGUGCAAGAUUCGCGCGGUUUACGUCUGUUUGCCAGUUGUACUGAUGAUGUUAUUUACCAGUAUGAUUUGGCUUCAUAUAAUCCAGUACCUGUAAACACCUGGAAAGGACACAAAAAUACAACUUUUUAUGUGAAAGCAGCCUUGAGUCCAGAUGACCAAUAUCUUCUAAGUGGGUCAAGCGAUGAGCAUGCCUACAUUUGGCAGAUCAACAAACCAAAUGUUCUGCCAAUCAUUUUGAAAGGCCACACUGCUGAAGUCACAAGUGUAACAUGGUGCCCAAAUGAUAUAACCAAGUUGGUGACCCUGUCGGAUGAUACCAAAACAAAGUUUUGGCGUGUUUACUGUAGGGAGCUGAAAGAGUUCAAUCACCCACAGAUACUUGGGAAAGCAGAAAGAACUGCAAAAGAGAGAGCAACAUCAACUGCAUCUGAUAUUCCAUCUCUGCCGUCUGUAAAACCAGCUGUGGAAAGUACUUCAGUCUUACCUGCUGCUUCAAAUUUGAAGGCGGAGAAAAAACCUGUCAAAAGCAACCCAGACGGUCCUGUCAAGUCAAUUUCUCAUUGGCUUAACAUAAAAAGGAAAGCCAACGGGGACCCAAAUCCCUUGGCCUGUAAAAUGUUGCGUCAAGAGUUAGAACCGUCCACUUCAGAACAGUCUAGUCUUUCUACUGAUGGCCAUGUUAAACAAAGCAUGGCCCAAGCUCCAUCCCCAGCAGGCAAAAAGCGACCUUUUGAAGAGUCAGAAGAAUCCUCCGCCCCUGACUCGCCAGUUUGCGUCCUUGACCCAUGCGUCAACUGCUCCCCUGAUAAAGGCAACUGCAACAAACAUUUGUUCUCUAAGGCUAAGAAAGCCAAAUACACAGAUUCUCAAACUGUCAGCGCCAGCCCUGAGGAUAAAAAAACCACAGACCAAGCGUGCUGUGUUGAUAAUCAUAGCAAACAUUCGCCUUCUAAAAAAACCAACUGUCACAGGAACACGUCAGAGAACAUCCCCCAUUUGUCGCCCCAGAAACGCAAGCUGCCUUUGGAUAUGAACGUUUCACCCAAACGGCCAUGCUUGACCAGUCUCAGCGGGAACAAACUGGACAGCUGCAGGGUUUCAUUAUUCACUGAUAAACUACCUCUGGAUAGUCAGUCCGCAUCAAGGUUCUCACAGUUUGAAACAGAUUUUAAAGUUGAUUCUGAAUCAGAGUGUGAACAUAGCUCUUCGUCGUGUACUAUUAAAGACACCUGCGGUGACCAAACUUUGUGUAUGAGUGAGUUUCCCCACUGCAGUGGGAGUUUGAGAACUCCGUCUAAAGAAGAGCUCUUCACCAGCAGAGUGUCUGAUGAAGCUGACUUUAACUCCCCUACCAGAAAUCUCCCCAAUUUAGUUUUUGAUGAACACAAUCAAACUGUGACACCUCCCAGGCAAGCUGUUGGUCACUCGCCUAAAGUUGAUUGGUUGACCCAAAUCAGACUUGAGAAGAUUAAAAAAAGUACAGAGAAAUCUCCAAAGCAGACGACUCCCGUAAGAUCAAGAAAGGUUAAAGGAUUGAAGAAAAUCAGCACAUUUUUCAAGUAACCAGAGAACCAGUUGUUGACGUUGUUACAAAAACUGUUUAUGUUGGAGAGCUUUAAUGUUUCAUGUACAUACAUAUGAAUUUAAGCAUUUAUUUCAUGUACAAAUCCCACAAUGUGUUCUGUAACAAAUUAGUAUCAAAUUUUGUAUACGAGUUAAAAAAAUGAUGUGAAUAGUUUUAUUUUGUAAAAUGCAAAUUCCCGUUUAUGGCAUUUAUUUAAAUUAACCAUGACAUUACAAUAGCACCGAAUAUUAUUAAUAGAUGAGAUUGUUGUUGAGUGCAGCUGUGGAAGAAUAAAUAUAGAGUUUUGUUUACAAAGUAUAUCUAUAUAUUUUUAUAGAUCAUGAGAAAUCAGCUUUUUAGUUUAUUCACCUUACACUAUUUCAAGAUAAAGUCAGAAAUAUGUAAUGUGUACAAUAUCAAUUAUCUUGUUAAUUAUUCAUAGAAUAUACCUUUGAAAUUUAAUUUUUAGUUAAAGAGUAUCGUAAAAAUCUUAGAAUUAUAAUUUAGAUGGACAACAAUGAAAUUGUUUUUGCUUAGUAUUUGUGUGCUUUUGAAACAGUAUUCACCAUUUAAAUAAGCCUAUGUUCUUUGGUUGACUGAAUGACUUGUAAUAACAGACUAAGCCAAUUUAGUAGGUGGAUCAUCAUAUGUUCUUCAGUUGACUGAAUGACUUAUGAUAUCAGGUUAAAACUAUUCAGUAGGGGGAGAUUAACAUUUGUAUAGAUAGAAAAGCAAAGUGUAAUGUCCUUUUCAACUAUGUUAUAGAUUCUGUAAGUUAAUUCAACAUAAUUUUAAAUUAUUAAUGUAAACAAACCAGAUAAAUUAAUGCAAAAUGUAUUGUUUAAUUCAGGUUUUCAUUGUAUUUUUUAUACAUUUUUUCAUUAAUGAAAUAAUUGAGCCUUCCUUGCUGCUGUUUAUGAUUCAUAUCUAUGAAUAUCUUUUUGUUUACAUUUUGUCUGUUGAUCAUGUGACCUAAAGAUGUAAAUAAAAUA